ACCACCCUCAGGUACUCCAGUGAUGUAUAUGAUCGCAUAUGGGUUACGUUCUUCAAGAAGGAAUGGACACAGAUAUCCACCUCUCUCGAAGUGGACAAUUCCAACCAUUAUGUUCCACCAGAAGAUGCACUAAAAAAUGCUGCCACGCCUACUAAUGCCAGUGCGCCAUUGACGAUUGAAUGGAUCACAGAAAAUGCUAAUGAGCAGUAUUACUUGUACUCACACUUUGCUGAGAUCCAAGAGUUGCAUACAAAUGAAACCAGGGAAUUCAACAUUGUAUGGAAUGGAAAACUUUAUUACGGUCCUGUAAUUCCAGACAAGCUUAAGUUAACUACUAUUCAAAGCCAGUCAGCCGAAACUUGCAAUGGAGGGAAAUGCAGCUUUCAACUGAUAAGAACCAACAGAUCAACUCUUCCACCUCUACUUAAUGCUUUUGAAGUUUACACUGUUAUUCAGUUUCCACAGUCCGAAACAGAUGAAAGCGACGUGGCUGCUGUAAAAGACAUUGAAGCCACCUAUGGAUUGAGUAGACUCAACUGGCAGGGUGAUCCAUGCGUCCCUCAACAGCUUAGCUGGGACGGUUUAAAUUGCACGAGCACGGAUGUUUCAAUACCACCGAGAAUCACUUCUUUAAACUUGUCUUCAUGUGGUUUAAAUGGACCCAUAGCAGUUUCCAUUCAAAAUCUUACACAACUAGAAAAUCUGGACUUGUCAAAUAAUAACUUGACUGGAGGGUUGCCAGAGUUUCUAGGCAACAUGGAAUCAUUGUCGGUCAUAAACUUAAGCGGGAAUCAACUUAAUGGUACAAUUCCUAAAGCUCUUCAGAGGGAAGGACUAAAGCUAUUUGUUGAAGGAAACCCAAGGCUUUGUGUUUCUGAUCCAUGUACAAAACCACUACAUAAGAAGAAAGUUCUUGUGCCAAUCGUCUCAUCAGUUGCUUCAGCAGUCUUUGUCACUGCUGUGUUGGUUCUUUUUCUCGUACUAAGAAAGAGACAUUCAACGGCUGAAGAAGGUCUGCAUCUGCCACCGAGGAUGGCAAUGGGGAACGAUACAUUUGCUAAUUCACCUGAACCUUCAUUUGAUCAGAAAAGCACAAGGUUCACUUAUUCAGAGGUUAUCAAAAUGACAAAUAACUUCCAAAGAGUUUUAGGUAAAGGAGGGUUCGGCUUCGUGUAUCACGGUACGGUAAACGGUUUAGAAGUGGCCGUUAAAGUACUCUCUCAACUUUCAACUCAAGGUUAUAAACAGUUCAAAGCAGAGGUUGAUCUUCUUCUUAGAGUUCACCAUAAAAAUUUGGUGAGCCUCGUGGGGUAUUGCUAUGAAGUUGAUCACUUAGCCCUGGUCUAUGAGUUUCUACCCAACGGAAACUUAAAGCAACAUUUGGCAGGAAAAGGAGAUAGAUCUGCCAUCACCUGGGGUAGUCGACUACGAAUAGCCAUGGAGGCAGCUUUAGGGCUGGAGUAUUUACAUACUGGAUGCACACCGAGAAUGGUUCAUAGAGAUGUCAAAACUACAAACAUAUUGCUGGAUGAGCAUUUCCGGGCCAAACUUGCAGACUUUGGGCUAUCAAAAUCUUUCCAAGUUGGAGACGGACCUCAUGAAUCAACAGUGAUUGCUGGUACUCCUGGAUACCUUGAUCCCGAAUAUUACCAUUCAGGUCGGUUGGGUGAGAAGAGUGAUGUCUACAGCUUCGGGAUGGUGUUAUUGGAGAUGAUAACAAACCAACGUGUAAUAUCUGAGAAAUCUCACAUAACAGAAUGGGUUGCCUAUAAGCUUAACCGAGGCGAUAUUAGUGGGAUCAUGGAUCCAAACCUUUGCGGGGGUUAUGACACUAAUUCUGCAUGGAGAGCUCUUGAGCUAGCAAUGUCAUGCGCAGAUCCUCAUUCUGCAAACCGACCAACCAUGUCUCAUGUUAUUAUCGAGAUUAAAGAGUGUCUUGCGUGUGAGAAUUCGAGGGUGAUUAAGAAUCAAGACUUGGAAACGCAAGAGACGAUCAUGAGGUUGGAGACGUCAGUGGUUCCUGGGGCAAGAUAGUUGCAGCAACUGAUCACAACCGUGUCAUUCCUUAAGUUUAUGUUUUUAAGUUGUGUCUGCCUACUUAUGCGUUAGUACCAAUAUAAAAAUAAAACAAGGCAAGGAUUUUGGUUACAAAUUUGUAAGAUUAGUUAAACAAAUAUUUUUUUAAUUUAAAAAGUGCAUGUUUUCCA